AUGAUUUCGUUUCAAAGGAAGCCACUGAACACGGAGUCCUCAAUUGAACUAUGCCUUGAUUCGAGCAUCACCCGCGUCGUCGUCCGUCGUCUUCGUCGUCUUCGUCGUCGCUCGACGAGAGAAAAAUCCACCCGCCGCUCGCGCGCGUUUCCAAGCCUCAGCUUAACGAGAUUCACAAGUUUGAUCGUCACCGAAAUCAGAUGGUACGGACAAGUGUGUCUCAUCAUCGGCUUCGCGCGCGCGACGGGCGGUCGCGCGUUUUCGUUUAUCCGGCUAGCGUUCCGGCGUCGCGGGACCGGCCCGCGCGCCUCGCUCACGGUUCGCCGCGUCUCGCGCGUCGCUCGCGCUCUCGCGCCCGUCCCGAGAGACGCGCGCUCGAUCGCGUGCGUCAUCGCUCGACGGUGGUUUAUCUCGGCGCGACCGAGCGCUGCGCGCGUCAUGAGCGGGACGCGGCAGUGA